GUAUAUUCUAGUGUAUAAUGGUACAUAAGAAACGUCCAAAGUCGGUACGGAAUGCACGAAAUGCAGCGCUUGCAUUGGAGGAAAAACGUUACACCAAAACCCCACAUACCAUGAUUUUCUCACGUCCUGGUGUUGGGAGUUUAGUGAAACAAUUAUCUCUCGAUGUUAGAGAGAUUUUCGAACCCUUUACAGCUAGCCGUUUACGUGUGACCCGUCAGAAUGUACUGAAAGAUUUUAUUACUAUCGCUGGUCCACUGAACGUAACACAUUUGUUAUAUUUCACACACCCUAAUGAUGAGAAACGUGAACAGAAACGUGCCCGUCGUUUAGCUAAAGCUUCUGCAAAACGGUUAGAAAAUGACAAUUCUUCAAUUGAACAAAAUACCACUGAAAUUCAAGAAGUAACCAAUAAAAGCUGUAGUAAUCACGGUGGAGUUUAUCUACACAUGAUUCGUGUUCCGCAUGGACCUAGUCUUACUUUUCGUGUUGCUGAAUAUAGCUUGAAACGUGAUAUACAAACUUUGGUUCGUCGAGUUUUCGAUAGUCGUCAGUAUAGUUCACCGCCUUUGUUAGUAAUGACUGGAUUUGGUAUGGGCGGUACGAGCGCGAAUACAUCCGCUCCAUUGCCACAUCUACGUUUAGUCGUAGAUAUGUUUCAAAAUUUACUGCCUCCAUUAAAUGUUCCGAAGCUUAAACUAAGUACAGUAAAACGAGUUUUACUUGUCAGUCGAGAAGUUGACACUGCAUACAUCAAUACUACUACUAAUGACAAUAGUAGUAGUGGUUGUACUGGUGACGACACAAAACAGCACCAACCACAGCAAGUGAAUGAUGUAAUUUACAUUCGACACUUUCAUAUUCGUACUGAAAAUCGUUGUAUAAGCCGUGCACUACGACGUCUUGGUGUUGGCGGUGCAAAAUUGAAACGUCGAUGUGUUGAUAACUCUGACUUGAAAUGUGGAAUUGGUCCAAGUGGUUCAGGAAAAACAACAGGUGUACCGAAUUUAGCGAAAUAUUCAUCUAUGGACGAUUUUUUAACUAAAACAGGACUUUUAUCCGAUUCAGCAUUAUCAGAUAUUUUAUCAGAUAUGGAAGAAGUUGAUCUAGUUUCAGAUGUUCACUUGCCAAGUUUUGGAUUCGCUAACGCAGAUGCUAUACAAUCACGUAAACGUAAACAUGGUCAUGGCACUAGUUCAACACAUGGAUUAAAACAUUUAGGCACAGCUAAAAAAGCUACAAUUCGACUUACUGAAAUUGGACCAAGAAUUACUUUAAAUCUAAUCAAAAUAGAAGAAGGUGUAAACACUGGUACAGUUUUAUAUCAUCGUUGGCAAACACGUACAUUAUCUGAAUUAGCUCAUCAAUCAGAAUGUUUAAGACAACGUGAACUAAUUCGUGCAAAACGUCGUGCUGAACAUGAAGCUCGACGUUUAGCGAAUGAAGCUGAACGUGAAACACAUCGUGCUAUUUGUCUUGAAGGUAUGAAACGUGCUGGUCAAUUGUCAACACAGGAUGAAAUUAAUACUGAUGAAAAACCAAUAAAUUCUAAAAUGGUUAAGUUUCAAUUAGAUGAAAGAACUGAAAAGAAACGUAAAAAGAAAUUAGAAGUCAAUGAAAAAUCUAACAAAUCCGUUGUCAAAAAAGCAUUCAAAAGUAAUCUCAUUGUUAGGAAAAAGAAGAAAUAAUAUCAGCAAUUAUUUGAUUCAAAUAUUAUUUCUGUACAAAUCCAUGAUAGAAUGGUGUAUUUGUGUGUUUUUUUAUUUUGUAAAUAUCUGUAAAUCAUAUUUAUUAAAUAGAAAUGUUUGUUCUUUUUCCAUUGAAUGGAAGGAAUUCAUGUGAAAAAAUAAAGUCAGUCAAUCAGUAACAACGUAGAACUUCGUA